ACCUGCAACCACAACACAACAACCUGAAGCCGUUUACUGCAGGAAAUGUGCGUAAUUACGCACGGGACUGAAGGAAUUUAGCGACCAGACGGUGCGUUUAGGCUGUCCUCCGAGGGUUUCUCAUUUUACAGAGGCGAUAUAUAUGCACGACGUCAUCAGUGCAGGCACAGUCAGUCCUCACCUCUCAACUUUGAGCUCACAGUCCUCUGUGUGCACAGGGCAGGAUGGGAUGCUCCACCAGUACCCAAACUUCAGCGGUAGAUACGACUCGACCAAGCGCUAAGCUCGAGGAGAGCAACGGAGCCAGCACUACAGGAGCGGCCAAUGAAAAUGGGAACGUAGCUGAGGACAGUGAAACUAUUCCGGACCAGACACCUGCUGAGGGAAGCGAUGCCAAGCCUGGAGAUGAGCCUGCCGUGACAGCCGCGUCUGCAGACACCACAGCUGCAACUCCACCAGCAGCAGAAGAGUCUCAGGACGCAGCCGGCAGCCCGCCUGAUGAGACUUCAGCAGCAGCAGGAGACAGCACCGCUGAGGCAGCAGCAAGCUCCUCAGAGGCUGAAGCUCCUGCCCCAGAGCCAGAAAAAGGGGAGGCCGGAGCGACUGACUCAGAGCCCAAAACAGACGAGACACCUGCCCCCAGUGAGUGACGUGCAACAUGACCGACUGCAGAGGAGUUUAUCUGCACGCAUGAGUGAAAGUAUGUCCGUGUGUGUGUGUGUGAGAAAGAGAGAGAGAGAGAGACAUCGUUUUGUUGCCAAGAUCCAGACCCCGUGGAAACCUCUUUGAGUCCGGGUGCUCAGUCACCACUGUGCCUUCUUCCUCCUCCUGGAUGUCUGCAGUCUCUCCUCUUAGACUGUGAAUAGAGUUCAACAGCACUUAGGUUUGUUUAUCUGUAACAGGUAGUAAACAGCUGAGAGAAGCUUAGAUUACUAUUUAUUAUCUGUAAUGAAAUAGCACCAUAAACUGUAUGUCCUUAACUUAUUCUUGAAACCUAAGAGUUUGUUUCUGAACUGUUCUAUAAGUCUGUGAAAACUA